UAUCCAAAGAAGUAGCAAGCUGUCAACACUGGCUUGCUAGACCUUUAGCUAGCGGUUUCAUUUUAAGACGAGUGGCAACAAUGUUGCAGUUGCAAUUCACAAAAGAUACUCUGCCAGAUUCCGUUAGCACUGACUUUCAGAAUUUGAAUAAAUUCAGCGAGCAGCAAUUUGUAAGCCUGACAGAGAUUCUGUUCCGCUUCCUAAUAGAGCCUAAAGAGACUGACAGGUUCAUGCAGCAGCUGAGUGAGUUUGCUGGGGAGAAUGGAAUGAGUGCUGGCCCACUGCGAAACCUGGUGAAGAGUGUGCUUCUGGUGCCUCACGGUGCUCUGAAGAAAAAUUUAAACGCUGACCAAGUCAAAGAAGAUCUUGUCACUUUAGGACUAAAUGAAGACAAAGCCAUCCAUUUUUCUAAUCAGUGGAAAGUGCACUACCCUGUGCUGUCCAGACUGGCAGUGGGACAGACUCUGAUGGUCAAUCAGCUGGUGGACAUGGAAUGGAAAUUUGGAGUGACUGUUGGAACAAGCGAGCUGCAGAAAGUUGGGAACAUCUUCUUACAGUUGAAGUUGGUCAUCAGGAAGGGGAACUCCACAGAAAAUGUCUAUAUGGAGCUGACUCUUCCCCAGUUUUACAACUUCCUGCAUGAGAUGGAGCGUGCCAAAGCCAGCAUGGACUGCUUCAGCUGAGUGAUCCGGAUGCCAGGGAGCAAGAAGAAGGGGAGCGACUGGAAUGGAAACGUCGGAUCCGGUGGAGCGGGGCGGCCUGAGCAGAGAUAGUGUUGCACUGAGUUUGCAAAAUGUUCUGGCCCCUAAAGGCUCUUCCUCAUUUCCAUGUUCCUUUACAAGGUUUCAAACUUUUGAGAGCCUCUAGAGCUUGCACAAUACUUUAAAGGGGUGUGUGUGUGUGUGUGUGUGAGAGAGAGAGAGACAGAGAGAGAAAGAUAUUCUUUUAACUCCAAUGAGUCAUUCCAUUCCCACAAUUGUGUAGCCUCUGACGAGUGGCUAAUUUAUGUUGUACUUUUGUAAUGACAAAAAGCACUUUUUGGAAAUAAAAUGGUUAUGUCAGUGAUAAA